AAUUUCUGUCAAACUUUUGAUCCAUUAACCCUAAUUUCAACUUAAUCCCCAAAAAUUCAAAACUUCUUCUUCAUCAUCAUCAUCUCUGCAAAUUUAUAACUCCUCUCACUCAUCACCUCUCUCUCUCUCUCUCUCUCUCUACAUUCAAAUCCUCAUCACAAAAGUACAUUUAUUAUGUACUGUAGAGAGAGAGGGACGGUUCGCACAAAUCGUGACGUCAUGUGAGUUAUACAGGUUCUGAGAGGUUUGUUGUGUACCGGAAAUGGGGGAAAAUGGCGGUGGAGGGACGGACGGUGGCGGUGAGAAGAUUUUCGUGUCGGUUCGGCUUCGGCCAUUGAAUGGGAGGGAGAUUGUUACAAAUGAUGUGUCUGAUUGGGAGUGUUUUGAUAAUAAUACUAUUGUUUACAAGAAUGGGAACCUUAGUGUGCCUGAGAGAUCCAUGUAUCCAUCUGCAUAUACAUUUGAUAGGGUUUUUGGUUGUGAUUGCUCCACAAGGCAGGUGUACCAGGAUGGCGCGAAAGAUGUCGUGCUAUCGGUUGUCGGUGGUAUCAAUGCGAGUAUUUUUGCGUACGGGCAAACGAGCAGUGGGAAGACGUUUACAAUGACUGGAAUCACUGAGUACACUUUAGCAGAUAUAUAUGAUUAUGUACAAAAGCACCCUGAUCGGGACUUCCAUUUGAAAUUCUCAGCCAUGGAGAUAUAUAAUGAAUCUGUCCGAGAUCUUCUAAGCACCGAUGGUUAUCCGCUAAGACUUUUAGAUGAUCCAGAGAGAGGGACGAUUGUUGAAAACCUCACCGAGGAAAGUGUUAGGGACUGGGACCAUGUAAUGGAGCUGCUUUCCGUCUGUGAAGCUCAGAGACAAAUCGGAGAAACGUCACUAAACGAAACAAGCUCCAGAUCACAUCAAAUCAUUAGACUGACAAUCGAAAGUUCACCCAAUAACUAUCUAGGCAGGGACAGCGCAAGUACGCUUGUUUCGACUGUGAACUUCAUUGAUCUUGCUGGAAGUGAACGCGCAUCCCAGUCACUAACCGCGGGUACACGGUUAAAAGAGGGAUGCCACAUAAACCGCAGCCUACUAACACUGGGAACCGUAAUUCGAAAGCUAAGCAAGGGAAGAAGUGGGCAUAUACCAUUCAGAGAUUCAAAGCUAACGCGCAUACUGCAGUCUUCUUUAGGAGGCAAUUCACGAACCGCAAUCAUUUGCACAAUGAGCCCUGCAAGAAGCCACGUUGAGCAAUCGAGAAACACACUUUUGUUCGCAAGUUGUGCGAAGGAAGUGAGUACGAACGCGCAGGUGAAUACAGUCAUAUCCGAUAAAGCUUUAGUAAAGCAUCUGCAACGAGAAUUGGAUAGAUUAGAAAACGAGUUACGAACUCCAAGCUCUAAUCGGAUAUCACCAGAUACCGCUACAUUGUUACGUGAGAAAGACACUCAAAUCGAAAAGAUGCUGAAGCAAAUAGAAGAAUUGACCGCUGAAAGAGACCAUGCGCGAUCGCAGGUUCAGGAUUUACUACGUGUGGUUGAAGAUAAUGAAAGUUCAUUGAUAAGGCUAGGUUCAGAUAAUUACCCUCAGCUUCGAGUCCAGAUGAUACCCGAAGCUGAAAGUUAUAUGCCAGAGACAUCGAUUGUGGUGGACCCGCGUCAGUCAUUCGAUGGAAGUAUUAGAACUCUCGGUUCAAGCCGAUACUCUCCGAGGCGUAGUGAGAGUAGUUUCGAAGAAAAUUACAUUCCGGUUACCGAAUUCGAGGAAAACGAAAACUCUCCGACUGAUAGUACCCCGAUACGGCCCAUGAUUAGAAUAGCACAAUCGAGUGAAGAAACCGAUUCUUGUCAUGAUUGGAAUGACGUUGAUGAGAAGAGUAACGGAAGUUUCCACGAGUUAUGCAAGGUGGUUCGGUGCAUCGAAUCGGAGGAGAUAACUCCAAAAGCAUAUGUACGAUCGUAUUGUUCGUCUCCCGAUACCAAGGUUAGGGUUUCUUCGGAAACAGUGUGUCGUGAUGAUCACAGCGCAAGUCCUUUAGAAGAUAUGUCUCCGGAGUCAUGUGUGGAUGAAGAAAUGAAUGCAGAUAAUAAAGUGGUGCUGACGGUUGAAACGCCAUUGAAGGAAGAUGAAACAGGAAUACCUCCAUUGAAGGAACAACUAGAAUUGAACGGUUCUAUUGAAGAUGAUUACGUAUUAGGGUUUCCACAAAGCUUCAAGUUACCGAAGAGUAGAAGCUGUAAUGACGGUAUUCAUGCUACAUGGCUUAACAAGCUAGAACACAACACUCCACCAAAUGGUGAUGAGAGUCUCCCUAUAAAGAGUUGCACGUUCAACUAUGGUGUAGAAUUUGAAAAAGGUAUCGUUGAUCAUAAUGGUAACGAACCAGAAAAGAAGUUAAUCGAAGAACCAUCUGAGGCUCAGGAUGAUAAGCAAGUUGAUGAUACCCAAAUUACCACCAUGGAUCAGACGAAGUGUGUAAAAAGCAUCGGUUUGGAUCCAAUAGUAAGCAGUUUCAGAGCAACGUCUUGGCGUUCAGAGUUCAAGAGGCUGCAGAAGGAAAUCAUACAGUUUUGGCAUGAAUGCAACGUGUCGCUUGUGCACAGAACUUACUUCUAUUUGCUAUUCAAUGGCGACCCGACUGACUCCAUUUACAUGGAGGUUGAACGCAGACGGCUAGCCUUUGUAAAAGACAUGUUUACACGGGUUAAUGCUGCUGUAGACGAUGGCCGGACCAUCACACGUUCUUCCACUGAAAGGGCUUUACGGCGUGAAAGAGAGAUGCUGACAAAGCAAAUGCACAAGAAACUAACCGAACAAGAGAGGGAGGGCCUGUUCCUGAGGUGGGGGAUCGGGUUGAACACAAAGUACAGAAGGAUUCAGUUGGCUAACAAGUUAUGGAGCCAGGUUGAUGACAUGAACCAUGUGGCCGAUAGUGCUGUGGUUGUGGCUAAGUUGGUUGGGCUCAUAUCUGACCCUGAUCAUGCUCCCAAAGAGAUGUUUGGUCUAAAUCUCACACCUCCACAAGCCAAGAAAAGUUACAGUUUCAAACGUAGCUUGAUUCCGCUCUUGUAGGACGGGUUUUCGGGUAACAAGCUUAUGAAUUUAUAGCUAGUACGUAAUCAUCUUUUAGAUGUCUAAAAGAUUUAACUUUGGGAUGCUCUAGUUGUGAUUAUAACUAUAGGGUCAAGUGCCUGUAUAUGUGAUCAUGUAUAUUGUGGUGUAUAAGAGUAAAACUCAUGUGUUGUGCAUUGUUUGUUCAUGAUUUGAUUUGAUUUGAUUUUUAACA